UCCGUCAAGCCUCACGCACCACAACAUCCAUCGAUCCAGCGAUCAUCCAGCAUCACGCAUACACACGAGGCAGGCAGAGAGAAGCAGAGAGGACUCGGCAGAGGAGGAGAUGGUGAAGAUUCCGAGCCCGAGGAGGCUGUUCAGGAGCCGGUCCAAGAGCACGACCGGCAGCAUCGGCGGGGUGGACAUGUGCGCCAUGGUGGCCGAGCACGAGAGGAUCAAGUGGGAGGUGCGGCCCGGCGGGAUGCUGGUGCAGAAGCGCCGGGGGCCGGACGACGACGCCGUGGUCGAGGCCAUCCUGGUGAAGGUCUGCACCGCCGGCGGCGCGUGGCAGCACGACGUGUCCAUCGACGCCACCGCCACCUUCGGCGAACUCAAGGUGCUGCUGUCGCUGGCCACCGGGCUCUGGCCCAGGGAGCAGCGGCUGCUGUACCGAGGCAGGGAGCGGGACGACGGCGACCACCUGCACAUGGCCGGCGUCCAGGACAAGGACAAGGUGCUCCUCCUGGAGGACCCCGCCGUCACGGAGAGGAAGCUCCGGUCCACCACCCUCGCGCAGCUCAUGGGGGUGCCCUGCCAUUCCUUCAUCCAAGUCUAGUAUAGAACCCGCACACCCUCUCCUGCCGGCUGUUCUCGCGGUUUGUUUGGGCGAAGAUCUGCUAGGUGUGUUAACCGAGUGUUAGCAGCGUUCAUUUCUUUCUUGUGCAACGUUAGGAUACAAUACAGCACAGCACAGUACAUUUUGUAAAUUACUCUAGUUUGUAUAAGGAGACAAUGACAGUGACUAUGUUGCGUAUAAAAAUGUACGGUGCAUGCGUGUGCUCA